AUUGUUUAUGUGUAAGUGUAACAAAAUACACAUCUAUUUUUUAACCGUUAUCUUUACCUGAUCUAACAUAUAUUUCUCACGUUCUUUCAAGGAGGAUUUUAAAGAAUAGAAUGUUAGCGUUUUUAGCAUUUUGUUUUGUAGCUCGAGUUGUUUAUGGUUGUACAAGCUGUUCCACAGAGCUCAAUGCUACAUUGAAAGAUUUGAUGUUGUGCAAAUCACACCUAGUUGUCGGUCUGUCUGUGUCUGUGGUCAAAUCUGACAAAGUUUUGUUUGUUGGAGGAUAUUCUAAUGACAAUACUUCUGUGACUGGUGACACUGUUUUCCAAAUAGCAUCACUAACUAAAGCAUUUGCCAGUACUCUGUUGGUUAAACUAAUCGAAGAGAAAACUGAGUAUUCUUUGGAUACCAAGAUAAAGACAAUUCUGAGGAACGACCAAAUCUUUAACGAUAGUCUGAGGUCUGAAUUCACAACAGUCCGUGAUCUACUGUCUCACAGAACAGGAAUCCCUCAGAAUAACAGGAUACGACUAGAUAAUAAUCUUACAAGAUCAAACCUUAUACAUCGACUCAAAUACUUGAAAGCAGAAAAAGAGUUCAGAGGUAGUUACAUCUACAGUAGUUUGUUGUAUGGUCUUGUCACUCAUUUAACAGAGAUAAUUGGUGGAGAUACCUGGGAGAAUCUGGUCUCUAAAUUUUUAUUUGAGCCACUUGGAAUGACAUCUUCUACUUUUGUAACGACAGCUAACCCAGAGAAGAUAAAUUUAGCACAGGGGUAUAUGGAUUUUUACGGGGAGCUUCUACCGUUCCCUUUUGGGUUUUCAAAAUAUUAUGGCGAGCUUUGUGGUUCUGGUUGCAUAUUGACCACAGCAGUGGAUAUGACGAAGUGGAUGACUUUCUAUCUUAACGGCGGGAAAUUACCGGAUGGAAAAAGACUAAUAUCUGAAAAAGCAUUCAAAGAAAUUACCACAGCAGCCAAUACCGUACCUAAUGAUAUGUAUACGUAUAAAUAUUAUACUAAACCUAAAGUCCCAGUCACCAAUUCUAUCACAGGAUAUGCACUUGGCUGGAGGUCGGGAUUUUAUAGGGGAAAUAGGAUGUUUAUUCAUGGUGGAGCAACUUUUGGAUAUAGAGCAAUGCUGUCCUGGUAUCCGGAUGCUGAUCUGGGAAUAUUUACCGUACUCACUGGGAAUGAUCCAAAUUACUUCAUCCGACAAAUACUACACAACUAUAUAUUUGAUGUCUACACCAAUCAGACGCCUUAUUUGAAUAGCACCACAGUUUGUUCAUACCCACAACCAUGGUUUGAUUAUACACCCAGAACAAAGCCUAAUGUUACGAAGAGUCGUGCUAUGAGCCGUCAGAAGAAAGAUUAUUUUGGCAACUAUUACAAUCCUGCAUACGGUAACAUUCAAGUUAAAGAUCAUGAGGAUAUGAACAAACUUACUCUCAUAUACGGUGUAUCAACGUUUUUUCUAUAUCCCAAGGAAACAAAAGAUGAGUUUUAUGGCGAUUCGGUGGGAUCCACUCGAUAUAUUUUAAAUUUUUACACGUUCAGAUUUGAUAUUGAGUGCGACAAUCCCUACUUAGAGAUUCCGACCUUUGAAUCAAAGUCGCCACCCGUUUUUCAAAAGUCACGUGAUAAUGCUAACAGAGCAUCAACCAACUACCAUUCUGGAUUUGAUCAGCUUACCUUUCUGGUAGUCUUAUAUGCUGUUGCACAAUCAAGAACUUUCUAAUUACUACGCUAACAUUACAAAUUUUGUCUCAUUUAUAUAUGUUCUCCAAAACAUAAAAAAGCUGUAACUACUGUUCAAUAUUCAAUUUAAAUGUGCAUAAAGGAAGCAAAACCAAAUAAGACAUUUUUAUUAUGUACAUUGUACAAUUGUGAUAUUGAAGUUUACUGGGAAAUAAAACUAACAUAUAA